GCCAAACCAUAGGUUGAAAUUCAAAACACGCCUAUUCCUGAAUUCGCACUGCUCAUCCACAAGCGUUUCUUGCGUUUCGGUGUCCCUGCUGCGAUUUUCGCUGGGAUUGAUCACCGGGAUACGCCGAUAGUAUAAUAGGCAUCACAAUAGUGAGAGCUGGGGCCUCUUGGCGAUAGACUGCAUGCAUACGUUCACGACCUGCGGUUGACUUGCGAAAGUUUGGAAAGGAAGCAUGCAAGCCCUGUGCCCGAACAAGGGCCGGUGGCGCUCCUUGGAGCUAUUUACUUCGAACAGGCAAACCUGGGGGCCCGGCCAAAGGCCGCCUCACCGCCGACAGGGCUUCGCUUACCCGCCGCUAGACCUGGUUUGCAAGCGGCCCUCAAUAAACGCACCUUUUUAUGGUUGUGUGCACGCUCAACCUUCAGACCGGUUAUCGUUGUGCGCCCUGGCCGCUGCUAGUAAACCAUGCCUGCAGGCAUCGCAGUCCUUGACGCCACCGUUCCAGUUGACGGACUGCGGGUCGCUUCCCUCGGCAGCCGACGUCCAGGAGAUGCUGCCCAACCUGACUCCCAAGCAGCUCGCGGACGCCGUGUGGUGCUUCGCGCAGCACGAGGUGAAGCCCACUCCGGAGCUGAUGCACGCGGUGGCGCAGGAGAUACACAGCAAGCUGCUGCAGUUCAGGGCCCAGGACCUGAGCAACACGUUGUGGGCCUUCGCUAUGCUCAAGUACCAGCCCACGGAGCAGUGGUGGCGCGAUUUCGAGCGGCAGGUGUACGGCAACCUAACCGACCUAACCGACCGGCAGUUGGCCAACCUGCUGUGGGGCUUUGCGGUGCUAGAGCGCCGCCCGGCACCCGAGCCCUCGUCUGCUGCUGAUGCUGCUGCUGCUGCUGCUUCAGGGACGGUCGCGGAGUGCAGCCCCGCCUCCCCCUACUGCCCCGAUCGGCCCGGCUGGGUUCUGGGUCCGCUGCUGGCUCGCAGCUGCGCGGGCGGCUUCUCCGGCUUCUCCGCCGGCAGCCUGCACCUGCUGGUGUGGUCGCUGGGGAAGCUGCACCACGCGCCGCCCGCCGCCUGGCUGGGCGGGUUCCUGGCGGCGGCGGAGGCGCACUUCUUCCGAUUCACGCCCACGGAGCUCGCCAACAUUGUCUGGGCGCUGGCAAAGCUGGGCUCCUCCGUCCCCUCCGCCUGGCUGGACAAGCUGCUGCUGGUUGCGCAGUGGCGCUUCCCCUCCUUCCCCGCGCGCCUGCUGAGCAUCGUUGCGUGGAGCACCGCCACUCUGUCGCACCGGCCGCAGCAGGAGUGGCUGCUGUGCUUCGAGGAGCAGGUGCGCGCCAAGUUCCUGGACUUCAGCGGCCACGAGCUGGCGUGCGUGGCCUGGGCGCUGCGGCGCUUCGGCUAUCCCACGCGGCACAACGCGGUGUUCUACAUGCUGCAGAAGCAGCAGCGCUUCCUGGACGCGGACUUUGAGGUGCUGUCCAACCCCAAGCUGCUGAGACAGGUGCUGGGGUGGAAGGGCGAGGAGGCGGAGGAGGCGGCAAAGACAGGGCAGGGAGAGGGGGAGGAGGGCGGCUUGGGAUAACACUAGCAGCAGCGGAAGGGAGGCGUCUUUGUGGGAUCAGGGCGAGAGGAAGGGAUUGCCUUGUUGGUGCUGCAUUGCUACUUCUCAUGCAGCAUCAGAACGUGUGUUGCACAAGCGUGCAUGGCAGGAGGCGCAAUGCCUUGCGUUCCGGAGAGGGUAUGGGGCUGUGUUGGGAGGGCCUUAUUUUGUUACGCAGACCAAGAGCGUUGUUGUCUUUUUCCUCGUUGCGUCACAACCCGGUGCGUUUCAAUCAUCAUUGGUUGCUGGCCCUAGGCCGCGGUUUUAUUGGGAUUCAAAAUCGGUUUGAACUAAAUGAGGAUGCCCGGUUCCGGUAAACCACGCCCAAACAAGGGAUCUUCCAAAAACGCGAGGGAGCGUGUAGAGCCUCAAGACGCCGGUCGCUGCACAUGUCUGUGUGGCUUGAAGGAGUUUGCGCUUUGUGCUUGCGUGAGCGUGAGGCGUGGAGGUAACGGACAGGCCCUUGUCGCGGGAAGCGAGAGAGAGGGAGAGAAAAGGCAAGGAAGAAAACGAGAGAGACAGCUGCGAGUUGUGCAUGGCUUGGUUGCAGCUGCAGCAGUUGCUUGUGAGGAGAGGGCGCCAGUUGUUUGGAUGCAUGGUGGCCCGUGUUGGGAGGCGGUGCAGGCUGACAUGGGCUCCUGACUUGCCUUUCCAUGUGACCCAUGGGUCACAUUGUUGAGCGGUAUGAUUUGGGUUGCAAAUGGCCAUGGGCCGGUGCCGUAACGACCUAUGUAGGUUGUUAGUUGUGUAGAUACGGUAGGUAGGUAGGUAGGUAGGCGUUUGGGAUUCAGCACAGUGGGAUUGGUGGGCUUUUGGCUUCUUGACGAAUUGCGUUGCAGUCAUUCCAGUAUGUUUUCGUCAUCAAGAUGGCGCGUAGCAGAUACAAGGGAGACGUACUUUGGGGUUGCUGGUAUUGUUUGGGUUGAGUUAGAUGCGUUGGUAAGGAACUUGAAGCGCAUGGGUAAGGGCAGCCGGCGGCCGACUCCUGCAUUUGAAUAUGCAUUUUCGCAGUAGUUUACCAGUUCCUUGAAUGGCGCUCGUUUUCAGAAGAUUGAUACUGCGUGUGUGUGCUGCUGUGUGUGUCAUUCUUUCUGUUCAUUGUUGUAGAUGGAGGGGCUCUUUCUGGUGUCCCACUGCUCCUGUUGAGAAUCAAGGGGCGAGGAAGAAGCUGCUGCAUGUCUCGAUUAUAAUAAGAACUUCUUUUGGGGGAGUGUUGGAAGGCUGAGCUUGUGACGCAGCAUAUUGGGCCUUGAGCCACGCUGCAGGGUAGCCAGACUUCAGCCGAGCACAGAGAGUGGCUAACAGAUUGAGUUAGCGCCUCAUUUGGCGCCCAGGAUGUAUAAAAGAGCCCAAGCUGUACUUUCUGUGUUGCUUGUGUGUCCUUGCGUGUCAUUGCGAAGAUGGGUUAUGUGUUGGGAUUGCUUUUGGGAUUGCGGCGGUGGCUUUUGUGGGACGCAUCCGGGCUGCACACCCGCGACUGAUCCUGUUGUGUCGCAAGCAGAUGGUCACAUGGCGGAGCCGCUUCUUUCCUGUUGAAGUCCGCGCAUCCAUGGAAGCCCCCAUGCAUUGAGCGGCGCAUGAUGGAGAACGGCCCAGAAGCGAGGGUUGUGGGUCGUGUUCGACCGUGCAGGCGCGGUAUUGCGCCGAGGGGGAGGGCGAGCAGCUUUUUGAGAACCUUGUUUUGCUGCUGUUGCUGCUGGCAGAGGGCUGGGCGGGUCGUUUGCGGUUGCGGUUGCGCUGCUUCUGAAGUACUGAUGCAAAUCGUCAAGUAGGUAUUCUGGUUGUUGGCGUUCCCGCAGCAUUCCGUCAUCUAAAAGCAGAAGAUUUUUUACCUCGUGGGCAUGCAUGCGGAGCACACGGUAGUUUCUGGGCUGAUAUUGUGGUUAUCGGUGGACCGUUAGCCAGGGGUUUGGCUCCAAUCUCAUCUGCAAGGGGCUCCAGUGAGACCCUGUGGCAUGCCCUGUGUUUUCCUUCUCCCAUGCGAGUGAGUGAAUGAGAGUGAGUGUAUCUCCGUUGUUCGUAGCGCUUUAGGCCUUGACCGUAUGAGAUGUCGGUAGUGUCGAAAGAGCAGUAUGAACGCACCAAAGAGGCAAAGGGUCGCGGAUCAAAUUGCAAACGCGUCCCCUGGCUUAGGAAAAUGGAGUACUACAGUUGGUUAGAUUCUGGUUUGCUUGUUGGAAAAGAAAGCAUAACUUGUUUGCGAGAGGAGUGUUUAGUUGCCCAUCGUAUCUCGUCAUGUAUCAUCCUGGGUAUUGGAGACACCACAAAGAAGUUUACGGAAUUCCUUGUAGGAUUUUGUGUCUUGGCACUUGGCGAUGGUUGGCGGUAGGCUUUGGGGCGCGUAUCCGGUGCCUGCCGUUUGACUAGCAGCGUUUAGCAGCAGUGGCAGUUUAGCUGCUGUCGUCGUUGCUGUCAGGCAACGACCUCGAAUAUUCUCGAGCGCUUGUUUUGGGGUUGCACACUAGACGCUACGCCCAUGCAGGCUAAGAGCUUUGUUGCCUGUCUUUCAGCGGAUGCUUGCGGGCAAUCAACGCAAGGCGCUUGCAAUUGGCCUGCUACGCCGGCCGAUGCGUUUUUUUGGUGUGCACGCCCCUGCGUUGUCACUCAAGCGGGGCUAGCGUGUACGGCGCGUCCCGUAUUUUUUCGUUGGGGUUUUAUGCGUUGCCUUGAAGGGAAGGAGGGUCGGGAUAAUGGUCGCGGUGGCACGGCUGUUGCGUAAAUCAUUUGAAAAAGAUUCUUUUGGGAAACGGUUAUCCGGGGAGGGGCUGCACGUUGGGAAAGCCGUAGCAACGGAGUGCCCAUCGCCCGUGCGGCUUUCUGGCGUCGUGCAUGUGCCCUGUAGAACCGUCGAUACAGCCUUCUGAGCAGUGAAAACUCUCGGGAGUCAAGGUACGCCGGCUUCGCCCCAUCCUAAAGUUCGACUGGGCCUGCGCCGGUUCCUGUGUUUCACGACGUGGCCUAUUAAAUAUUUCAAUGGUGCCGUACUGGCACCUUUUUAUAUGGUUGGCUGCCCCUGCCCGGGUUUCAUUUGCAAUUCAACGCGAAGAAGAUUUUGAGUAAAACGGUAGGAGGACUUCAGUAGUUUAGCAUGGUAGCUAAGACCGCUGGGCCAUCGGGUUGUUACCGUUUUAACGCACUCAUCUAUCGCGGUGGUGGUGGGCGUUCGACAGCGAAGCAUGGGAAAUGCGUUAGAAGAAAUUUGCACCUUGCUGGCAGCCUAUGCAUCUACUUGUGCACGCUUGGUAGGUAGCGGCGAGGAUUUGUUUUGCUCCGCAUGGCAGGGAAUCUUUCGUGUGUGUUAUUGCUUUGGGCAUAUUGUUUUGGCCUGCUUGUUUCUAGCACGUGGUUGCAAGUGAGUGACGGCCUCAAUUGUAUCAUUCCACACGACGUUUUCCGUGGAAAAUUGCAGUUACCGGUAUCCUCGGAUUUGCUACUGCUGCUGCCACGCUUGUCAUGCACCUAGCGGUCGUGUGGCGCUUUAAAACGGUGUGUUCC